CUGUCGCCCUGCACCAACAAUUCACUUCGAUUAUUCAUUACACACACCAAUGACAGCCUUUACGUGUCAUUGAUCUACUAGAACUCCAUCUCACGCCCCUUUUCGGACUAUGACAGACACUGGACUUUGCAAAGUGUAUGAGCGCCUUUUGUUCGUUGUUCAGAGUAGGCGGUACUCGGAUUCGCUACAGCAGACGACCCGCUGUAAGCGACCGCAGCGAGCGACAAUGCCCUCCUAUUUGGCCAAUGCCUUUAGACUACGAACGAUCUCACUUCUCAUAGUGGCGUUCACAGUGUCGACAGCGAGUUGUAGGCCAAUGGACGAAACGCCGUCAGAGGAUGAGCCUCUCUCCGUUGCUGACGGCUAUAUUCACUACUCCAUCGCAAAUGAUUCAAAAUUGCGAGAAAUCUCGAGAAAGGCGUUUGAAUCGCUAGUUAGCGAACCGAUUGUCAAACAAGACUACUCCUCCCAGGAAAUCAUAUUUCGGCCGCAUUCUCAAAUCGAUGAGAAUUCUGACCUGAAUUUGAAAAAGCAUAAAAAGCCAGGAAGGCGAAAACCGUUAUUUGAUGGACGCAAUCAAGCUCUCAUCACCAUAAAAGAUACGAGGGAGAUGCAGAAAUGUGAGGGCGCCAAAUUCAAGCAGCGUGUGAAAGCUCCUGGCUGUCUUACAAAAGUCAUCGUAAACAGAUUUUGCCACGGCACUUGCCCUUCCUACUUCAUUCCAAGAAUGAACGGAAAGAUGCUAAAAGCCAGGUUCAAAUCUUGUGCCGCAUGCGCUCCCAGAGAUUACGAUGCUAUGGAUGUGACGUUGGAAUGUCCAGGACAAGAUCCACCGCAAAUCACAAAGACCAUCAUAAAAAUAAAAAGGUGCGAAUGCAUUGACUUGGACUUAUCGACUCACUUUCGAUUGUAGCAUGGGCGUAUCUCAUUUGAGGACUACCGCAGUACAUGCCGAAAAGUCCGACGAUGUAUACUUUGCUGUCCAUUCCACAAGUCGUAUUGCGGUGGAACAGCAGUACGAACACGUCAGCAUGUUCACGAACGCGCUUUCUCAAUUAGAGCAAGAAAGCUUGUACCUGCGUGAAGAACUGCCAAAUUUAAGCGAGCGCUAGCGCUAUAGCCAAGCUCUGUAGUUGCACCACUCGUGGCCGAGUCGGCCAUUCUCGGAUGUCAGUGAAGUAGUCCUAGCUCUCUUUCCUUUUAGGCUUUUCUCUCCACUCUCAUGAUCUCAUCUGCCAUGUCAGCGACCAC